AUGCCGAUCGUGGAUAAGCUGAAGGAGGCGCUGAAGCCAGGCCGCAAGGACUCUGCUGACGAUGGGGAGCUGGGGCGGCUGCUGGCCGCCUCUGCCAAGAAAGUCCUGCUGCAGAAGAUUGAGUUCGAGCCCGCCAGCAAGAGCUUCUCCUACCAGCUGGAGUCGCUCAAGAGCAAAUACGUGCUGCUGAACCCCAAAGUGGAGGGCACUGGUCGACACAAGAGUGGCGAUGAACCUCAGAUCAAGAGACAGGGUGGUGAGCAUGCGUACGACGGAGGCACGGAUGGCGUCCCCGCCCCGCAGAAGGUGCUCUUCCCCACGGAGCGCCUGUCCCUGAAGUGGGAGCGCGUGUACCGCGUGGGUGCUGGCCUCCACAACCUGGGCAACACCUGCUUCCUCAACUCCACCGUCCAGUGUCUCACCUACACGCCACCUCUCGCCAACUACCUGCUGUCCAAGGAGCAUGCCCGCAGCUGUCACCAAGGGAGCUUCUGUAUGCUGUGUGUCAUGCAGAACCACAUCACCCAGGCCUUUGCCAACAGCGGCAACGCCAUCAAGCCUGUCUCCUUCAUCCGAGACCUCAAAAAAAUUGCCCGGCAUUUCCGCUUCGGGAACCAGGAGGACGCCCAUGAAUUUCUCCGGUACACCAUCGACGCCAUGCAGAAGGCCUGCCUGAACGGCUACGCUAAGUUGGAUCGCCAGACGCAGGCCACGACCCUGGUCCAUCAGAUAUUUGGAGGCUAUCUCAGGUCCCGGGUGAAGUGCUCGGUCUGCAGGAGUGUGUCGGACACCUACGACCCCUACCUGGACGUGGCGCUGGAGAUCCGGCAAGCUGCAAACAUCGUGCGCGCUCUGGAGCUUUUUGUGAAGCCGGAUGUCCUGAGCGGAGAGAACGCGUACAUGUGCGCCAAGUGCAAGAAAAAGGUUCCAGCCAGCAAGCGCUUCUCCAUCCACAGAGCGUCCAGUGUUCUGACCUUGUCCCUCAAGCGCUUUGCCAACUUUAGUGGGGGCAAGAUCACCAAGGACGUGGGCUACCCAGAGUUCCUCAACGUGCGUCCAUACAUGUCCCAGAGCAACGGCGAGCCGGUCAUGUACGGCCUCUAUGCGGUCCUGGUGCACUCUGGCUAUAGCUGCCACGCCGGACACUACUACUGCUAUGUGAAGGCAAGCAACGGCCAGUGGUACCAGAUGAACGACUCCCUGGUCCACGCCAGCAACAUCAAGGUGGUCCUGAACCAGCAGGCCUACGUCCUCUUCUACCUGCGGAUUCCAGGCUCCAGGAAGAGUUCUGAGGGCACCAUCUCCAAAGCGGCCUCCACCCUCCCCAGCCGCCCUGCCUUGGUCCUGGACCAUCUCAAGAAGAGCGUCAGCAACGGGGUGGCUGCCUCCCCGAUGGCCGGAAAGCGCCAGGACCCCAUGACGUUGAAGAAGCUGCACACGGCAGAGGAGCUCGGCGUGCCCGUGUCCAGGAACAGCUCCACAGCUGCCCUGAAGGCCCAGAACGGGAAUGUCUCUGCGAAGCUGCCCCUGGGGUCCCCAUCGUCUAGGCUCUCCAAAACACCGGUGUACACACCCACCAUUCUAGAGGAGCCUGGAAAGAAGGCCAGAAAGCCCGCCCCCCUGCAGCACUUCUCACUGUCCCCCAAAACCUCCCAGGGGCCGCACAGCACCAGCGACUUGAGCAGCAGCCGAUCCGAGGGUCGGAGACCGGGCUCCUGGGACGGCGGGGACACUGUCCUCUCUACCUCACCAAAGCUUCCGGCCGAAGCAGCCGCCAACGGGCACGGCCCAAAGGGGCACGAGGAGAGCCCUGAGCUCUCGGGAAGGGAGUCCAGUGGCUCCAGCCCAGACCACUCGGCGAGGAGCGACACCCCCAAGGUUCCCCAGACCCCCAAGAGCGGAGCCCGUCAUCCCGGCAGUCCUCAGGAAGCACACUGUCCUGCCAGUGGCACCCCCAGAGCACCCCGGAAUGGAGAUGACACCAAAGUGGUGAAGCUGAAGUCCCCCGUCCUGAGCAACACGGCCACCGAGCCUGCAAGCAUCAUGUCCCCUCCACCGGCCAAAAAGCUGGCGCUGUCCGCUGCUAAGAAGGCCCACACCCUGCGGAGGGCGACCAGCACUGACCUCCAUCCACCUCCCCACCCACCGUCCUCCGACCUCACCCGCCCCCCGAAAGCCACUCUCCCUGUCGGCGCCGCCACUGGGCCUGCCAGUCAAACCAGUUCCCAGAGCUGCCCCGUACCCCCUCCUCCCUGGGCUCAGAUGAAUGGAGCCCCCAAGUCCUCUCCAGACCAGCUGCAGGAAGCCAGCAAGUGCUCCGAUGGCUUCUCUAGAAAGAGAAAGAAGCACCGUGUGGGAGAGAAGAGGCCGCGGAGCCCAGAGAUGCGUUCCCAGCAGCGCCCUGGGGCCACUCCGCAGCCUGGGGGCCUGCAGCCUGCUGUGGACUCAGCCGGGGUUCCUCGAGUGAAGAAAAGGAGGAAGAGGAGGAAGCACCCGGAGGAUGAAGGUGUGUCCCCUCUGCUGGAGGGACCAGCACGGGCACAGGGCCAGAGCCACAGGGUCGGGAAGCAGCGUUGCCUAGAGCUGCCCUCGGACAGCCCAGAGGAUGGCGAGGGACAGCAGGCAGUGGGCAGCCAGCAGGGCCGACCGCAGACAGUCUCCCGCUGUACAGACAGCAAGAGGAAGAAGAGGAGGAAGAAAGCAAAGAACCCCCACCAAGUCGAGGGCCACCAUCAAGACCCAGCCGCACACAGCCACAGCUCCUGCUCAGAUGACCCUCAACCUGAGAUAACAACCGAAUCGCCAAAGAAGAGGAAGCGGAAGAAGAGAAGGCUGGAGUCCCAGCACGAAGUGGGUGAGGAGCACCAGAGCGGCCAGAAGAGCAUCGGGUGGUGUGACUCCCCUGUCCCCGAGCCGACAAGUCCCUCGCCAUUGGUGAACGGGCAGACACACGGCCCCCUCGUCUCCUGGAACGCAGAGAGGGGGCCCGACGUGGUCCGGGAGCUGCUGCAGUACUCGAACGAUCGAGCGUAUGGGAGGAAAGUUCUGACAUGGGACGGCGAGGUGUCCGCCGUCAGCCGGGACGCUAUGGAAGACAGCAGACUGGCCCGGACGGAGACUGUGAUCGAUGACUGGGACGAAGAUUUCGAUCGAGGGAAGGAAAAGAAGGUGAAAAAGUUCAAGAGAGAGAAGAGGAGAAACUACAAUGCCUUCCAGAAACUUCAGAGCAGACGGAACUUCUGGUCCGUGACUCACCCGGCGAAGGCCAGCAGCCUCAGCUCCCGUCUCUGA